AAAUCAUCCAUACAUUCAUUUGGAUGUCAAUUAUAGUAAAUUAAAGUUGGAUUAGUUAACAAUUUUUAAUAUAAUAAAUUUAAAAAAAUGAAAAUUAUUUUAGUUUUGACUAUUUUAGCUGCUGUUGCACUCAUUGAAGCUAAAAGAGAGCCCAGGUUUGCGCCCUAUAUUGAUGUGACCCGUUUGGAUGAAUUCAAAUUAGUUGAUCUCAAGAAUAAAUAUGGAGUAAAAGCAUUUUCAUUAGCAUUUGCAUUGGGAGGUGCAGGUGGUUGUGUACCAUGGUGGGGUGGACAAGUGGCUAUUGACGACCCUACUAUUAUUAAGGCACUUAAAGCAUUAAAGGCUGCAGGUGGUGAUGUAAUUGUAUCAACGGGCGGCGCUUUGGGACCAUACUUAGAGCAUAUGUGCGCAACUCCCAGUGCUCUGGUCAAUGCCUACAAAAAGAUUUUAUCGGUAACGGGAUCAACACAUUUGGAUAUUGACAUUGAAGCGACAGUCAACGCGGAUAAUAUGAAUCAAGCAUUGGCUCAGUUGCAAAGGGAGAACCCGGAUAUUAGUGUCAGCUUUACACUUAUGGUUCAGGGAGACGACUACGGAGUGACACUGGAGUUGGGCGUCAAUGUAUUGAAAAAUGCGGUCAAACACGGAGUCAACGUUGAUAUUGUAAACCCCAUGACUAUGGAAUUCGGUACAUCCCGUGCCUCGUGGGGUGACGCCGUUAUAGCAGCUGCUGAGGCAACACACAAACAAAUGAAACAAGUUUGGCCACAAAAAAGUGACAAAGAGUUGUACUCUAUGUUAGGAGUGACCCCUAUGUUGGGCCGCAAUUUCAAUGGCAAAAUAUUCACUCAACAACACGCUCAACAACUGGUCAAUUGGGCCAAACAAAAACAGAUCGGACACCUGGGCUUUUGGUCCAUAAACAGAGACCGGGCCUGUCCUGGAAAAGCUGUCGACCCUUCCUGUUCUAGCAUUGAUGAAAAAGAUCACGAAUUUACCAAAAUAUUUGCAAAUUUCAAUUAAUAUAUCAUUUGUAUUGUAUUUAAUAUAUGAAUAUAUCACAAUUUUAUA